AUGGACAGCCAUCCUCUCUUCAGUCAUAAUCGAAAAAAUGCACAAUUUCCAUGCCCAGCCAAAAGAAGUAUGCUCAGACUCAUCUAUAAUUUGAUAGUUCUAAGCCUAAUAACUCCAUUCUGCUUAGUGAAAAAAUUAUUCUCCUUUAUAUCAAGUGGGAGCUAUACCCAGAAAAUUGUUGUUUGGGGGACGCUCUUCCUGUUGCUUUUUGGUGCUACUUACCUGGGACUGCUUGAUGGAAACUGGCUGUCUGGAGAUGGGUGGAAAGACUGCUCCAUUUGUAAUCUCAUCCAGGGUGGAAUCAAAGACCUGAGAUCCUUAAAGAAAGCUAAUUACAUUUUACAAUCAAAGGCACUUGAAAUCCAAUUUCUGAAGGAGCAGAAAGAAAACCUGCAAAUACAACUUCAAGAUCUAAAACUGACUAUGAACAAUAUUGCCUAUAACACAGUUGGUCAAAUACUAGAAGGAUAUGCAAGCAAAGGCAUUACAAAAUGGAAUAUUGAAAAUAUUCUUAAAAAAUUAGAACAAAAGUUGGAUGAAGAUAUUGUUCAGAUGAUAGAUUAUGCACUCCAAUCUACAGGUGCCAGUAUUGUUCAGUCCAGAACCACUAGAAGUUACCACUAUCCUGGUGGAAACUAUUCCUGGAAGUCAUUCAUUAUAUUCCCGUUUGUGAAAUCACCAGACUUAAUUCUUCAGCCCAGUUACCACCUUGGAAACUGCUGGUCUUUUCCUGGAAGUCAAGCUGAAACUGUUAUCAGACUAGCUAAGGAAAUUAUUCCAACAGCAGUUACAAUACAACAUAUAUCUAAGAAAGUCUCCCCCACAGAUGAGAUCUCUAGUGCUCCCAAAGAUUUUGCUAUUUAUGGACUAAAAGCAGAAGAAGAAGAAGAAGGAACUUUUUUGGGUCAGUUUACAUAUGACAUGGAAGGAUUCUUAAUUCAAACAUUCCAGUUGAAAAAUGAAUCUUCUGAAUUGAUGAGAUAUAUAAAGCUGGAAGUGAUAAACAACUGGGGCCAUCCUAAGUAUACUUGCAUUUAUCGGCUUAGAGUGCAUGGAGAUCCGAGAGCAUCUAAGAAUUGUGUAGAUGAUCAUGCUAAUAAAGGAUGAAAUGAUAGCAGCCAAAUGACAAAUUAUUGUAAUUUUGCCAAGGUUCUCAUUCUAUAACUAAA